AUCAUUGCUUAGCAACGUAGAGUUUCUCCGGCGGAAACUUUCUCCGACUUUCUCUGACAAAAUGCCGAAAAAGGAGAAGAAAACCGGCGAGAAACAAGGAGAAACCAAGAAAGCACCGAACAAGAGCAGUUCUGAAACUUCUGCAGAUAAAACCGAUCCUGACAACAAAGAAAAGGAUUUAUAUCUGACUCAGAUAAAGUAUUUGACCGAGCAGUUGGAGAGAUAUCAGCUGAAAUGUGACGAACUUGAGAGGCAGAAGAAGGACUUGAUCUCCCAGAGCAGCACACUGGAGAUGGAGAAGAAGGACGUUGUUGAGUACCUGAAACGAUCUCUGCUGGAGAAGGAGGACGAGGUGGACGAGCUGCUGGAGCGGCUGGAGAAUCAGCGACGGGCAGCAGAUCAGGAUAAAGACACUCUGCAGCUGCUGCAAAACCAGAUGAGGAAGGAACUCCAAGACAGAAUGGAUGAACUCACUAAAGAAAACACGACACUUGUGGAGAGACUUUCUAGUCUGGAGGAGUUUCAGAGGCAGAAGGAGGAGCUGAUGUCCAACAUGGAGUCUCUGGAGAAGCAGCUGGAGAAUCAGAAGGAGAAGCACAAAGACGACAUCCACAGUCUGGAGAUGAAAACACUGCUGGAAAAGAUGAGACUGGAGCAGGAGAUGAAGGAACACGUGGCGGUGAUGGCAGCAGAAGUGCAGCAGCUGGUGGACCAGAAGGUUCCAGAGACCACCAGGUCGGUUCUGCAGGAGAACGUGGAGGUGAAGAACCGUCUCAGCCUGCUGUCAGAGCAGACGCAGGCCCUGAUGGAGGAGAACGCUGCCCUGAAAGGUCAAAAGAGUCGGCUCAGCAUCGACGUGGACAUCCUGGAACAAAUGCUGAGCGAGACGUCACGGACGAGCUGCGUCCGCAAGAAGGCUGUGGAGCAGCUCACAGAAAAGUGUCAGCAGCUGCAAACGGAGCAGAAAGAAUCCAGGCAGCAACUAGAGCAGCUUCAGAGCAAACACACAGCAGACCUGGCUCAGAUGGAGACACUCAGACGGGACCGGGCCUCGCUGUCGGAGCAGUGCAGUGAAACCAGAGCUGAGGUGAGUCGUCUGGAGGCGGAGCUGCAGGAGGAGAGGAGGAGGAGGAGCAGGAUGAAGAGCAUCAUGGAGGAAGCUGCCGACAACCUCAGAGAAGCCCUGAUGGAGUCUAUGGAUCAGGACUCGGAGCAGAACUCGUGGAAGCAGCUGAUGCAGAAGAUGCUGGUGGUUUUGGAAAGACACAGAUUCACCAAAUCCACUGCCGAGAACGACGGACUGAACGAGAAGCAGAACUCAGACUCUGCAGCAGCCAAAGCAUUACCUCCAGAUCCAGAGUUGAGUUUCCAGUUCCACUUGGCUCGCUACAGACCAGGAGACCUCGGCUUUAUCCCCCGACCUGCACCCAAACACAGAAACGCACUUUACAGGACGGGGCUUCCAUCCAGCAGCACACAUGUUCCUCUGCACAGGAAACCUUCCAGCCAGAAGACCAUGAGCUCUGUCAAACUGACCGACUCUGCUGUCGGGUUGUUGAUCUCCAAACACUCCAAACUCAAAUGAAAGUAACCGGACUCGUUACCUGAAUGCUGUAGAAGACAAAUGUUGUGCUAUAAACGUUUGAAAAAUGUCUCAGUUGUCUAAAGUGAAAACUGGAAAUGAUACCAUGCAGCAGCCAACACAGAACACUCAUAUCUUUUUGUUGAGUCAUCUUAUUUCUUCCGUUUUCCAUCCUCUCGAUUGCAAACUAGAAAUUCGUCACAAGGAAAGAGGAGUUUGGCCAAAGGAGGCAUGAUCGAGGACGUACAGGUUUAUCCUCACGUACAAAAGAGGCGGAACACGAAGCAAAAACAUGGUGGAUACAGGACUUUCAAAAUGUUGACUUUUUAGUGUCGCAACUCUUUUGUGGUUCAUGGCAGCAAAAAUCCACAUUCUUGUCACAUUAAUCCUCGUUGUGAACCGAAUCAGAAGUCUGCUAAUCGUAGCAACAAUAGAUCACGCCGUAUUUGCUGUACGUCUCUUUAAAAUGCCCGUUCUGAAGCGAGGACGUCUCGUUCUGUUGAAGUUCGGUUUCCUCGACUGCUUAGAAGCAACGAGAGAGAAGUAGAGGAAAGAAAGCAAGAACAUCUGAAGUGUUUUUGGUAUUCUUUCUUUCUUUAUCUCUCUGCCACGGGAAGGGGGAUGUUUUGUUAGAAGAUAAAAUAUGUUAAGUGGAAAACUGAAAAAUGGGAGUGAAUCUGCCUUCAGGCAACUGGAUUUAGCAUUGAACUGUCAGAGUAGGUUCAUCAUUAUACUUUCGUGCUUCUGUAAAAACUAUGAUUUAUAAAUUAAAAUAGUUUGUAAGAGCAGCUGUUCUGUUCGUUAGGCGUUCUUUAAAAUUACAUGUAACCGUUGACUGUUACCAAAAGGCCAAUUACUGUGUAAAAUAUUUCUGCUUUCAUUUGUGUUACUGGGCCUACAUUUUUACUACUUUUUGUGCUUCACUUUAUAAAUCUGUUGUUUUUGUGUCUUGCGGUGAAAUGCGGUUUUGUAUUAGUUUGUUUUUGAUCAGUUUAAAUAAUAAAUCUGGUAUAAAAGAGAUAAAUGUGCCGUUUUUAAUGAGCAUGUAGCCAGUUGCUGGAUGUCAACCUUGUGCCUCAGAAAUGAGUAGAAAAUAGAACUUAACUGUCUCUUUUCUUCUACUCGGCAGACACGAAGAUCCGUUCACAGCUGCAGCUUUUGCUCCACAGAGU